AUGGAUAUAAUUACCGUCCUUUUUCAUCUUGCAUUGCUGCUAAGUCUUCCUACUGUUUCGAUAGCCCUCAUCAAACGUAGCAUCCAAACAGAUCAAUCAGCAUUGUUUGCCUUAAAAUCCCAACUGUUCGAUUCUUCGAACUUACUGAGGAAAAAUUGGACUGCAAAUGUAUCUGUGUGCAACUGGAUUGGAGUGACAUGCUCCUCUCGCCACCAUAGAGUUGUCUCCUUGAAUCUCUCUUAUUUAGGCCUUCAAGGUAGCAUCCCUCCAGAGAUAGGAAACCUCUCUUUUCUCAAUUCUAUUGACCUCAGUGGCAACAAUUUCCAUGGAAAUUUGCCCAUGGAAGAAGGAAUGGUGCAUUUACGCAGACUCAAAUAUAUUAGCCUUGCCUUCAAUAAUUUUGGUGGAGAGGUUCCUUCGUGGUUCGGUUCUCUGCCUAACCUUCGAGUCCAGGAUUUGUCAAAUAACAGCUUCACAGGUGCCAUUCCGAUUUCCCUAUUUAAUGCAUCAAAGUUGGAGUCCAUAAGUAUCAUGUUCAAUCAAUUGCAAGGAAAUGUUCCCCAAGAAAUUGGCAAUCUUGUCAACUUGAAGAUCUUUAGAAUGGCAAAGAACCAGCUUACAGGGUUUAUACCAUUAACCCUUUUCAACAUCUCGUCCCUGCAAAUAGUCAAUUUGACAAAUAACUUGCUAUCCGGCAACCUUCCGGUGAACCUGUGCUCUAAGCUUUCAGGACUUCAAGGCUUUGACAUAUCCUAUAACACAUUAUCAGGCCAAAUUCUGUCGCGGUUCGACAACUGCUCAGAACUUGAAGAACUGUCAUUGAACAACAAUUAUUUAAGCGGAAAGCUGCCAAGAGAGAUUGGGAACUUAACCAUGCUAAAGCUUUUGGGUUUGGGUCAGAACAGAUUCACAGGUGGAAUUCCAGCGGAGAUUGGUCAUCUCCAGAAUUUGGAGUUUUUAGCUAUUGAUGGAUGUUCCCUUAACGGUCCAAUACCGAAAGAUAUUGGCAAUCUUCAGAAAUUGAAUAUAUUAAACUUAGCUGCUAGUGGCUUGAGUGGUGAAAUUCCAGUAACCAUAUUCAACAUCUCUGCCCUGAGAUGGAUUUUAUUGACCCUGAACGACCUUUCAGGAAGUCUUCCACCUAGCAUAGGCCGCAUGCUACCUAAUCUAGAAAGAUUGAAUGUGGCGCAUAAUGAAAUAUCUGGGGUGAUUCCUGAUUCCAUCUCAAAUAUGACUAAGCUAGUUAUUUUGGAGCUCAGCAUGAACCAUUUCACUGGUUCAAUUCCCAGAUCACUUGGCAGUUUGAAUCUCCUUGAAACUCUUAAUGAAACAAUGGAGGCUAUUCCCUCAGCUUCUGGCGAUGUGGGAUUACAAAAUUCUGCCACAGUCAAGAAUCAAGAAUUGCGGCUGCAGCAAGAAGUCAAGAAUUGCUGCUGUGGCUUGACUUUAACAAAUCUCCACCUUGGCAUAAUUUUGAGUACCACUAUCGACAAUAGUAAAAUUGCUCCACCUUCUCCACAUAAGCCCCAAUGGGCGUAA